AAGCAAGCAAUAGAAAAACAAAAAAUAAAGAAGUAAGAAAAGAAGAAGAAGAAGAAGAUGGGGAACUGUAUAGUAAUGGAGAAGAAAGUGAUAAAGAUAGUGAGAAAUGAUGGGAAGGUACUUGAAUAUAGAGAACCCGUUAGUGUUGGUCACAUCCUUACUCAAUUCUCUGGUCACACUCUUUCUCACAACAACACUUAUCUUCUGCCUGAUGCUAAGCUUCUCUCUGGCCGUCUCUAUUACCUCCUACCUACAAUGAUCAAGAAGAAGGUCAAUAAGAAAGUGACGUUUGCCAAUCCGGAAGUGGAAGAGGAGGACGACGAAAGAAGAUCACUAAGAGAUGACGACGAUGAUACUAGUGAAAGCAACAACAACAUCGAUGGUGAUGAGAAUAAGAGUGUCGUGAGGAUGAAGAUCAUUGUGCAUAAGCAAGAGUUGGAGAAGCUACUUCAAGGAGGGUCAGUCCAUGAGAUGAUGUACCAGACUCUUGAGAAACAACUUUUGCUUACUUCUUCUGAUGAUGAUGAUCUUGACUGUAAUAGAAGCUGGAAGCCUCUGUUAGAUAGCAUACCCGAAUCUGAAAGUCUCAGAAGAACAUAAACACAUAGAUCUUAUAUAUACAUAAAACUAGUCUAGAGCUUGCUCAAGGUCGACAAAAUUGUUCUCGAGUUUUGUUGUAUAGUAGUAUAUAAUAAGCUUUAAUUUUUGAAGCUAUGUUAUAGGAAAAGACUGUGAUAUUGUCAUCUUAAGUCAAGCUUUUUUCUUUUCUUUUCUGUUUCCAAGUAAA